GCCAGCGCCAGCAGCAGGCAUGACGAGCCAACUCGGCCGCCGUCCCGCCGUUGCCUUGGAAUCCAUCUCUUUGGCGAUCUUGCUCUGCUCCGUCGUGGCUGCCCGAUAGCGUGCCCGACUCGUUUCCUCGUGGCCCUCGCAGCGCUCACGGUUGAUGACCCCAUGGACACACGGCCUAGCGACUCCUCGGGUCUGAUCUCGGCCGCUCGCCCGCUCGACUCGCUAAAUGCCGCACCGAGCCCAGCACCGAUACCGCUCUCCUCCACACGGCCGCUGUCCUCAUCCGAUGCCGGAGCCCAGCGAGACUGGCGGGAUGCCCUGUCCCUCUCGUCGUCGCCGCCUCAAACGUGGGCAUCUCCGUCACUCACCCCCUUGUCGACACCUGCUCUGGCCGAGGCCCCAUCCCUGAGCAUGCCGCAAAAGUCUGUGAUGACUCAAACGCCUCCUGCAACACUCUUUUGGAAGCGGAGCAACGGAUCGGCGGCCUGGGCCACCACGGGCGACACUUGGCUCUUCUCAUACCAUCCAAACGAUGACUACAACGAGCUCCAGCAGCUCGGCGAGCGUCUGACUGACGACUCCAAGGACGUGCCUUCGACACUACAUACUCCCAACCAUCCUCUGGCUGACCCGACCCAAGUCUUUUUCGAGCCAUGGGAUGGGCUUUGGGAUCAUGAGCUGCGGUGGUGGGCAUCGACACCUUCACAGUCGCCGACGCUGCCCUCUUCCCCUUCGCCCUGCCCGACACCUCCACCCUCGGCCGACCGAUGCAUGCCCUUUUCCGAUCCAGGCUCGGCUGGCUGCGACUCGCAUAGCGGCAGAGAUACACAAUAUCCCGCCUGUUCGGGUUCGCCAGACGAUGGUCCAAAGUGCAGUGGCAGACCUCAAUCUUGCUCGUCACCGAGAACCACGAGCGACGCUCACGACACCGGCAGCAUCAAGCGGGCCCGAUUUGAUCCGGGGUCAAGCCACGAACUACAUUUGAGCCUCUCUCAAAACCUGCCAUCGCCCAAGGCCGAGGUCGAACCUGAGGUCGAAGCUGAAGCCACCGAUGUAUGUCGGGGCAUAAAGAGCCCUUUGCGCCACGAUCCGGACUACCUACCUCCCUUCCUCCCCAUCAUGAUUGUCCCAACGGUCACGGCUCACAAGCGCUCGGCAGGGAUGCCUAAUAGGAGCAGCGGCGAAUCCAAUAUCGAAGCCUCGGUUGAAACAGUGAAUCCAGCCACGAUCGACUCCACGCCCACAUCCGCUGUGUCGAACAAUGCAUAUUUGACGAGCUCGGCUUCGUCCAGUGCCAGCACGCCGGUCGACGUUGGGACGCCUUCUCUCGAAAAACCCAAUCCACCCUCCAAGAAAAAAGCCAUAUCCAAGGGCGCAGUAGCAAGCGCCGUGAGUAUUGAUUCAUCAUCAAGCUCGGUGUCACCUGUCCGGAAACGAAAGCGAUACGAUAAGAAAACCCCAGGGAUGGCCCUUGAGGGGCAUCAAGGGGCCAUGGCAAUCUUGGAUCCGAGCGCCGCCUCGGGGGAAGAGGAGCCCCCGUAUGGUCCGAUCGAAGUCGACGGAAGCAUCCAGCCGGACUACUCCCUGAUGACGCUCCGGGAUCGAAGCAAGGGGCGGCGCAUGGCUGUCGUUGCUUUCUUCUGGAAGAUCGGCAAUCGACCGGCGCGCGAUCGCGAUGUCAUCGCCCUGUCCCGUGAACACUCCAUUCCGCUCAACAUGAACGGAGCAACGCCCGAGGCGAGCUUGCGGUCGCUGAUUUGUACAUGGUGUCGUGACGCUGAAGCCAAUGGCGAAAGACCGCCGAUACACACCUAUCGAGACGCUGCAAGCGGGUUGGUUGUGCGACGACUCGCCAAGCAUCUGUGGAAGGAAGAGCGAGAGUCCAGCGCCUCAUAGCAACUCAAACGAGAGCGCUGCCGCAGAAGAACGACUAUAAUUUUGGAUUCUAUUUUGGAGGAGAUUGGGAAGUGCUUCCUGACGAGACCAACCCAUCCCCGACUUAUUUUGAAGUACGAAUACACAAGAGGAUGCUCGGAUAGAA